GGCCCUGAGCAAGAGGCUUCACAAAAUGGCGGCGGGGGCCUGGGUUGCUUGUCAGCCAGUGGCUGGGAUGUGACCCCCCCCUCCCCCCAGCUUCCCUUGGGAGCCCCAGUGUGGGCCUGGCCGGGGACCGGAGCCCUCAGCAGGCCUGGCCCCGUCCCGCCAUGGAGGCCACAACAGUGGAGGAGGGCGAGGUGACCUCUGGGAUGCAGUCCCUGGCGGUGGAGGAUGCCCUGGAGCCAGUGCCGGCUUCAGCGGGAGAGGACGGGCCGGCGCCGGAAGAGGUGGAGGAGCGGGGGCAGGGGGAGGAGGCUGGGUGGUGUGUCCCCUGCAGCGACGAGGAGCUGGAGGCCCCAGAGGCCUGGAUGCCGCCGCCCGAGGAGAUCAGACGCCUCUACGAGCAGAUCGCUGCCGAGGGCGCCCUGCCACUCCAGGCCGAGAUCCUGCCCCGCAGGGCCCCCACCCCCGAGCCCGACAGCGAGGAGGAGGAGAGGUCUGAUGGGCAGCCCGAGAGCGAAGAGGAGGAGGAGGAAAAGCCCCAGGUCCCGACUGAGUUUGACUUUGACGAUGAGCCUCUGACGCCCAAGAGCUCCCUGAUUGAUCGCAGGAGAACACCAGGCGGCUCGCGCAGCCAGAAGCGCGAGGCCCGGCUGGACAAGGUGUUGUCGGACAUGAAGCGGCACAAGAAGCUGGAGGAGCAGAUCCUGCGCACGGGCCGCGACCUCUUCCAGCUGGACCGGGAGGAGGCGCCAUCCCCACAGCGCCCCUCGGGGCUCUUCCUGCACCAGCGCAAGUACUGACCCCCGGGGUGGGGCUGGCAGGCGUGGGGCCCUGCCCCCUUCCCAGCAUCCUCUGGGCUGGCGCUGGGAUCCGGCCGCACCAAGGACGCUCCAGCCCAGAUACCAGCUCAGGGGACUGAGAUGCGGGAGGGAAAACAGUGACGGACUAGUGGGGUCAGCCAGUGGGGCACGGGGCCUUUCCCUUCAAAGGGCGCCGGCUCCUCUCCGGCCCCAGGGCAGGGGAAUGGGCCCCACGGCUGUCAGGAUCUCAGCACAGCUGCCUCCAUCACACCUAUGGCUCCGCCCCCACCAGGGGCUGGGGAAGCAGGAAAUGUCCCCCUGUGUUGCCCGGAG